CUAAGGGCUGAUUCUGUGAUCAUUUUGCUGAGACGGCAGCGCAAACCUCAUAUUUUGGACCAUGUCCAUGCCGCUGUUAGCGCUCGGAAUGGAUAUGGAAAUAAUUGUGGAGGGACAAGCUUACAUUGGCUGUUCCCUCAGUCAGGUGUUUAAGCAGUUGCAUUUUUGCUUGUGCACCAACUGUGUGGAUCAGAUACCGUGUGAAACCAUGUCGCGGUCCACACAUGCAAGUGCCCACCAAUGUCUCAUGUUUAGUUGCACUUGGGAGACAGUACAUUCUGACAGACCUUUGUACGGAAGAAGCGAGUUAGAAAUUUGCCGUUUUGGUGUCCUUUGCUCUGGCACGGGGUGUUUGGCGUUGAUAUUUGCCAUGCCGCUCCUGAGCGUUUCACUUCAGGAGCCAGUGUCGCCAGCGCUGAAACUUGUGCGUGCAGCGCGCCCAGUUCUUCGAGGCGUUCAGUGGUUGGCCAACCGCGUACUUGGAGAAUACCCUGCACACGGUCUCCUGUUUGCACUGCUAUUUUGGCCGGUUGGUUGGCUGGCAAGAUUGUAUUUUGUUGGAACCUCAUUUUGUUUCUAAGAGGGCGUGAACUUCUGGUUUGCGCAAGCAAUCUUCAUAUGAUCAGGUAGCGGCCGGAACCAGUUGGGAGGAACACAAUAUUUGUUUCAAUGCACCCUUACUUGCCCAAAGCAAGGCCAGUGCGACUGCCGCGACGCUGUUCUGACCUCGGCCCCACCCGGCCGAGAGUAGUAUUGCAAUGCGCUCUCACACAAACUUAGUGGAGUGUCUAGGCGUCAGACUCGGAAGAUUCUGACUCUUGGUACUUGCCCCAAGCACUGCUCUCAGAGGUUUCAAUUUUAGACACUUGUAGAGUGCAAUUGGCCAGGCCAAACCACUCAGUGGUGGUGACUUUGCCGAUGCCUAGCACGGGUCGGAGGAGAUCAGAGGAUUGUACUCUCUUUUUGUCUCUCCUGCGGUGAGUGGAAUCCGGCCAGCAAGAGUCACCGGGGCGCACGACACAGCGUGAUAGGCAUGCCCAUUUGCGGGCAUGGGUAAGUUUUCGCAGUGGGAACUCAAAGCGGUUGCCACAAGCUCUACAGCUCUGCUGUUUCACCUCUACAUUACAUUUUUGCAAUUUUGGCGUGGCAUCACCUGCGGAAGCUAUCUGUCCCUAUGCGUGCAUCACAAUCACUUGGUGCUGCAAGGGAUGCAAACAGAUAAGAGAUGCCACAUUUUGAAGCCAGCGUGGCUUGAGCAUCCUUGGAGCGCAAAGACAACUUUGCCUGGCUCAGGAUGUGAGCUGUGCUCCACGUAAACAGGGUUGUCCACAUCCGAAAGUUGAUUCGGUGUGGUGUUUGAUGCCACAUUUCAAUUGCCGUCAUGUGGGGGCCAAUCUUUGCAGUGUCGAAGCACAGGAUUUCCAAUUUUGCAGUUUUGAUUUGUGACAGUGGAACUGGUUGCAAGCUCGGCAAUGUGACAGAAA